UCUGAAGAAUCCUUGAUAAAAAGUCCAAGUUACACACAUUGUGUCUCUGAACGACAUGAAGAUAAUGAUUUUCGUUCUCUUAAAUUUCCAAGAAAGCUCGGGAAAAUGGCUGGGAAUGACCAGCUUAAAUCCAUCUGGUGGGAUGAUAAUAGAGCUUCCAUAGUGAUUGAUGAAGAUGCCUUUAAGGAGGAAGAUUUGGAGAGAAAGGCCCCUUUCAGAAUACUUGAAACUGGAAGAAUGAAAAGUUUAGUUAGACAGCUUAACCUUUAUGGGUUUAGAAAAGUGUGGCAGAAUUUUCAAAGCUAUGUUUGUCUGGCUGAAUUUCUGGCAGAAGUCAAAGAACUCUCUGUUUUAAGCAAGAUGCAGUUCUAUCAUAAUCCAAAUAUUAAACGAGGCUGUCCCCAGAUUUCAGUGAGAAUAAAAAGAAGAGUUGGGAUUAAAAAUGCCUCUCUGGUAUCUUCAUUGGAUGAAGAUUUCAAAAAGAAGCACUUUAAAGCAGGGCGAAAUGUGGAUAAACAUAAUUCUGGUUUUGUGUCUGACACUAGUGGGGAAAGUGCAUUUUUACCUUCUGCAAAUUUAAACAUGCCACUUAUAAGAAAGCCCUCUACUAGCCACAUAAUUAGUGACAGAAAUACUCUGAUCAGAGGUGAUAUUUCUCCUCCAUCAUCAAUGUCAGUUAUACCACCAGAACAAAUUGCAGUGGAUCAACGUGCUAUAUUAAAUCAGUUGACGACUCUUCACGGGCACUCUCAAAGCAGCUACACUGAAACAAAUGGCCGUGUUGUGAAAUUCAUUACAACUACAACUUCUAAUUCUCUGUACAGCAUCUUGUCUACCACACAGAGUAAUUAUUUUGGACUGAUGGUGGAUCCUUCUACUUUUCCUAAUAGAUAUCACAAUAUAUCUGCCAAUGAAGCUCGUUUUUAUAAACUUCAACAAGGGAGCAACCCACGGUUUCCAGUGCCAUUGAUAGCUGAUACAUCAACUACCUCUAUUUCAAGGCCAACCCAUCAGCCAUCUUCAGUUUAUGAACUUCAUACUAAUUACAACUGA